GGACAUGGCGACCCAGAGGAACAGCCUGUGCUGGGGGCGCUGGCCGCUGCUGCUGCUGCUGCUGGGCCUGGCCAUGCCCCUGCCUCCAGCCGCCGCCCGGGCCCUGAGCUACCAGGAGGCGGUGCGCCUGGCUGUGCAGGGCUUCAACCAGCGCUCCCGGGAGGCCAGCCUCUACCGCCUCCUGCAGCAGGACCCCCAGCCCCAGGGCGACCUGAACCCAGACACCCCGAAGCCGGUGAGCUUCACCCUGAAGGAGACCGUGUGCCCCAGGACCACGCGGCAGCCCCCUGAGCAGUGUGACUUCAAGGAGAACGGGCUGGUGAAGGUGUGCACGGGGACCGUCACCCUGGACCAGGACACCGGCUACUAUGACGUCGACUGCGAGCAGGACCUGAACCCAGACACCCCGAAGCCGGUGAGCUUCACCCUGAAGGAGACCGUGUGCCCCAGGACCACGCGGCAGCCCCCCGAGGAGUGUGACUUCAAGGAGAACGGGCUGGUGAAGGUGUGCGGGGGGACCGUCACCCUGGACCAGGACACUGACUACUAUGACGUCCACUGCGAGGAGAUCAAGGACGUCGCAAUCAGGCCCUUGGUUUCGGGGGCCCUAUUCCUCUGGAAAAACAGACGCCCAAUUGGGUGGGGGAUCGAGAAGACUGGCAGGGGAAUCAAGAGGAUUUUCUCGAAACGUUCCCCUGAGCAAGAGCCCUGAGAUCUGUUUGGCCCUGGCCCCGGCCUCUGGGCUCUGACCAAUAAAAUCUGGGAAAGCCA